AUGCAGUCUUCCGCACACUCCAAAAGCCGUCUUCCCGAGAAGUCCACGUUUACAAGCCCACAAUCGUCAUCAAGCCCUGCAAAUGCGAAGACUGGAUCUACAACGUCAACCAAGGAUGCACCUUCAUCCUCUCAUCUUCCCCAACAAUUGCCUAUUGCGACGCCAUUGAUCAUCAACAACUCGACGCCAUUAUCGUUGUCGAAGAUUGAAUGGCCGAAAGAUGCAUUUGUCAAAUGGAGGGUUCUUGAGUGGAAGGAUGGGUUGGAGAUCGCAGAGAAGGAUAAAGAGGAAUUAAUUGAGAAGGCGAGGCGAAAGCUAGUUGAUGAAUGGAAAGACGGCGUACUCGAUGGUUUGGUUGGAUACACCCGCCGGGGUGCGGGUAUCAACAAUCCUGAAUUGUGGAUCUUUGAGGUUGGAGACAUGCGAGAUGGGGACGCACUAUCUCAAUUCUUCGUACCUGGGUUGUCAGCAGCAAUGCUUGUUCCUCGGGAAGAAUUUCGCCGCCCUCUCUGGUUAUUUUUUUUGUCAGUUCGCGAAAAGGCACUCGACCGCCUAGCACGAUCAAGGGAAGGCUGCAGGUUAGGUGACGGUGUUGUGUUUGAAUGCAGCGACAGAAGUUCUAAAGACCUCGACAAUGGGUGGCUCUCCGACUACUCGUCAUUAUAUCUCAUGCAAGCAAAUAUCCACAUUUGGAUGACGUCGCGGUGUUUCUUCAUCCAACCCUCGUUGCGCUCAUCUUCUCUCCUCAACUUCCCCACGAUCGAGCAAACGCAACCCCCUUCGAUGACCGCCGUAACUUUGCUGCCAUAUGGAUAUCCAGCGUACUUCCUGUCACGAUCUCAAACUACGGCAUCGCCAACUGCACUUGAUCCGUACUUUCAGGGUCUAGGCACUAGCACCUGGAGACUAAAUGAGAGAGAGACGGCUUGGUUGGAAUGUUGGAUUCUGACACCCUCGACUGUCGCGAACGCUGACAGUGGGGUCUCGAUCUUUUGGCCGGCAUAUCUCGUUGUUCAGGAUCUUUCGCGGGACGCCCUCAAUCUACAGCUAUUGCCUGAUUCUCUUCGUGCUAUACUGCCUGAACAAACGAUACCAUCUACGCCCUGGAAUCCCGCGUUGAUAUUGGCGACACAUCUCCCCCGUUGCACCAUCAAUGGUGCUGCAUAUCAAUUUUCGGUGGAUGAAGAAGCAGGGAAGAUGAUGUCCGGCGAUCAUCCUGGUACUGCGAGGCCUUCAGCAGGAAAAGUCGCUUCAGAGAUAGAAUUAGUACUCGCCGAUUCAGUCACUGCCUUCGACUUUACUCGCAGUGCGGUGGCUGCUAGGGAUGCGGCACGGACCAGUAGACCCAUCCUCGAGCAAGAAAGGAAGGAUCGGGAAAAUUACCGUUUUGAAGAGAAUGAUACAUCAGUCAAGUACACUCCUGGUCAAACACUUACGAUGGCAUGUCGCCGUUGGGUGCUGACGGGUGACGAUGCUGUCAAUGAAGAAGAGCUCGGAGAAUUCUCAACGGCCGAGGCGUCCUUGUCAGAUGACCUGGAUCCAUACCUCGACGACACGAUCAUGGACGAAGCCGAAAUGUCAACACCUCGAAUCCGCUCUAUUGAUGAAAGCGGAGCAGGCACAAAAUCCUCAUCAGAAGAGCCCUCUGCUCACAUCAACGCACCUGGCAUAGUUGCAACCCCGCAAGACACGAUCGGAUCGCCUCGAUCGGUGGGCUCCAUAUCAUCGAUGUCUCCUAUGGCAUUUCCCAGCUCAUCUAACAUCAAGUCACGGACCCACAACAUAACGGCGCCCUUAACACCGGAUGGCAUUGAUGAUGACUCCGUCAGCGCAGGUCUCAAGACUCAGCAAUCUGAAGGACCUGUUGUAGCCGCAUCGUCUCCUUGGCAACCAUCUGCGUCAAACGAUUCCGCUGUGCUACCCGUGCCUUCGCUAUUCAAUCAUGUCCCGUCCUUACUCUCCGCACCUAUCGUUACCCAUCCAAGGAGUGAUAUGUCGGGUGACGAUGGCAUGGAUGGCCUCGGUCUGACAGAAGAUGACUUCGCAUUCUAUGAUGCGGCUCCCUCCAGACAGAAGCAACUGCUUGACGAGGGCGCUUUAGACGAUGACAUCGAUAUUUUCCAUCCACCUCCAGACGGCCUGCCAUCUCCACCGGACGAGCCGAUACAACUCGAUGACGUCGAUCAAGUUCAACUCGAAUCUCAAUCAGCAUUUUCAUUCGAACACCCUGCAAGCGAUGGUACACAGCCCGUAACAAUCGAGUCUGCUUCCGUAGAGGAGGGGCAAAUGUUCGAGACCUUUGCACCAGUUGACGGUGAUCGAACACCAGUGGCGCCUCUUUCGUCCGUUAUUGGAGCGAAAAUGAUAUUUAUCGAUCCUUUCGAGCCGCUGGUGGACCACCAAUCCAGGGAUUCCGAAUACACGUUGGGAAAGUUUGCGAUGGACAAGUAUGGCUUCCCUUUCAUAUGUGACGUCUCGCCGCGCCAGUCAUGCUUCUUUACGUGGGACACGGUCGACAAGCCUUUGUUCGAUCCCUAUAGCAAUCCUCACGUUGGACUCAUCAGACAUCGGCGAGGUACCAAACGGAGCAGAUCAAUGGCAUUUGGUGACGAAAAGACCACAGAUUGCCCUGCAAAACGUAUCCGGUGUUCUUGGAUCGACAUAGAGGAUGUGAAGAGAGCUGCAGAACAGAGAAGACAAGAAGAGCUUGCAAUGGAUGACCGAUCGGAUGCCACAUUGGAUGACGAAACUUUGGUCGUUCUUGACGAAGAGGAAGAGAUCAUCCCACAGAAGGAAGAGCCAGCGUCAUGGCCGCCACAAUUGUUAUGGUCUCUUACUCUAAUGAUGGGUGUUUUUAAUAUUCCGGGUCUCACGCCGGCACUGUCUCCUCCAGCUGUGCAAAUAUCGUCGCCUUCGCCGCUGGCCGCCCUCACACCUGUCUCUCCAGCUGCAUUCAUCCAAAUUCAGGACAACCUAAAAAAACAGGAAGAUGCCGCUAACGUCAGGUGCGCUCAGGUGCUUGAGAAUCCUGUUCUAUUAGAGUGGAUCCUCCAGUCAAGGAUAAUACGGUCAGAUGAGGUCCGAUGGACCACUCUAUUCAAUCUUGGGAGGCUCAAAAAGGCUAUUGAUGGUGCAAUCUCCGCACCCAAACAGCUUGCGAUAGGAGACUGCUUGAACAAGUCGGAUUUACCUCAAACUGAUCGCCCGACAGGAAGUAAAACGGGAACCGAACCAUCCCUCGUCAUCCUUGAUCGAACGUCCCCCCUUGCAAUCGGCUUGGAUGGUGCUGUUGUGAAUGUGACGUGGCCCGCCAUUCGUUUCUGGGAGAAGUUGGCUCUGUGUCCUGUGAGCGGGCAAAAGGACGUCCUCGCUUUCGCAUUCUAUGACACAUCCGCAAAUCCUGCCAAUCGCAAGGAUAGCCUAUUAAAAAAAUGGCUAUUGUCUAUGGGUGAGAUUUAUGCGCACCUUGGUUAUGGUCAGCAUAAACUCGGAGAGUUGGAUGAGCUGGGUAUCAGGCAUGGACUUCUUUCGGGGAAGCUAGGAGACUUGGAAUCUCAACUGAGCGCUUUAUCAUCCGGCAUCCCAACCGAUGUCUGGCAUAUUGUUAUUUAUGUCUUUUGUGGUCCUCUUCAGUUGCUAUCUCUCGAACAAGCAUUGACAGGAUGUUCUGAUGCUCUUUCCUCUCGCAUGGCGAUACAUCUCCUCCCCGACUCAUCUUUGACUUACGUCUCUCGCACUUGCUUCUUUCGGCCCAACCCCUUACACCUCACAGCAUUAUCCGUAUACAACCGCUUGCUACGUGUUGUCAAGCGAACAACUUUACGACAACUAUAUGGGGCCCAGCCAGCGGCGAAGCGAGUUUUCCAAUACCCAGCCGUUACCGUUGCCCGUCCUGCUAACCCGAAGGUCGGCUUCAGCCUGGAGUGGCCACCCAAGAACGCAGACGUGCUGGAUCCUGUACCAUAUCUUCAUGUGGCGUAUACGCAUAGUUCGGAAUGGCUGUUCGCGAGCUGCAUUGACCAACUUGGCGAAGCAUACACGCAGAGAGUCUGGUCGAUGAAGCAGGGUGACAAGGCGGCAUCUAUCGAAGUGCUCGUUGCGAGGAUCUGGUCAUUUGCUUGGAAGUUCGCAAGACGCGCCAGAAAGGAAUGGCAGAUUGUUGUGGCGCGUUGGGGUGCUUGUCCUGUGGCAGAGGUUGAAGAGAGAAGUGGGGGACAUCUGUUGGUGCCGGCAUCCUCCCUUGGCAUCUUGCUGCUGUUGUUCUCAUGGAGCGGGUACUGUCGAUUUCCUAAGCGUCAUGCUGGCAUCCUGAUUCGCCUUCUCUUGGAGCCCGACUACCAGACUGGUCAAGAACGGCUCAUGUACCCUCCUCAUACCACGUUUGUCAAGCGAACAACCAGACCGCUGCCGGAUCUUCCCUAUUUGGAAGCGGUUGGCCCGACGUCGACCGUAGUGAUGGGCUCAGAAGAGCGCGCAUAUCAUCGUCGAGACCCUCCUACAAGGCCCCCUGUUGUAUGA